AUGGCACAAAGAGUACAUUAUCGUAAACAUAAUCACUAUAACACAAAAUCAAAUAAAGUAAGACCAGUUAGAACUCCAGGGGGAAAAUUAACUGUUCAUGUUGUAAAGAAAAAGGCAGGUAAACCAAAAUGUGCAGACUGUAAAACAGCCAUUCAGGGGGUAAAAGCCUUAAGGCCAGCAGACAAUCGUAGAGCUAGAAAAAAAAACAGAACAGUGUCAAGGGCAUAUGGUGGUUCAAUAUGUGCUAAGUGCAUAAGAGAAAGAAUCAUGAGAGCUUUUUUAUUUGAAGAACAAAAAUGUGUUAGACAAGUUUUAAAAGAAAAAAAGAAACAAGAAAAAAAAGUGAAAAAGGUUAAAAAGGAAAAGAAAAAAACAGCUACCAAAGGCACAAAAAAAACCAGUAAUAAGAAAGGGAAAAAACCUGCAGAUAGUAAAAAAAAAGGGAGAUAA